GCUCCUCAGCAGCCAAUGGUCGGUCCUUCUGCCCCCAGCGCUUCUCUUCGGUAUAAAUUGUGGCACCGUCCUGCGCCACACUCAUUCUGCCCCAGUGACGCUUACGACGCGGCCAUGGUAGCGUCUCCUCCUAGCGUGCCCUGCCUGCCGGGCCUUGGCGUCAGGCUGCCCCCCGCCACCCUAGGCUCCGCCUUCACGCCCCUCUCCAGAGACCACCGCGCCCUGCAUCUGCUACAGUCGCUGCCGCUGCUGCAGUCUGCGGGCGGACCUGCCAAGCCGCUGCCGCCGCCACUGGGGAUGGACCCCCGGGUGGUGGGGCUGCUGCAGGGCUGCAACCCCUUGGGCCAGCUGCCAUGGGCGGCGCUGGGCGCUGGCGAGCUGGCCCUGAACCGGCUGCUGCUGACUCCCGGGGGCCGCCUCAGCAGACCCAAGAAGCGGUACAUCUGCAAGUACUGCCAGCGGGAGUUCACCAAGAGCUACAACCUGCUGAUCCACGAGCGGACCCACACGGACGAGCGGCCCUUCCCCUGCGACAUCUGCGGCAAGGCCUUCAGGAGGCAGGACCACCUCCGCGACCACAAGUACAUCCACAGCAAGGAGAAGCCCUUCAAGUGCGAGGCGUGCGGCAAGGGAUUCUGCCAGGCGCGCACCCUCGCCGUGCACAAGGCGCAGCACGCCCACGACGUCCCGCCCACACCCGCCGCCCCGCACACGCCACCCUCCGCGCCCGCCGCCGCCGCCGCCCGCCUGGAGGCCGACGAGGUGGUGGACGUGCUGCACUGCGACGACGACGAGGACGACCACGUGAUGCAGACGCUGACGGAGGAGGACGAGGAGCUGCAGCCCGCGGCGCCCCAGCCCCCCAAGAGGCUCGGCUUCUCCAUCGCCGACAUCAUGAGCAGAUAGAGGCGCGAGGGGCGCCGCGCCACCUCGCCGUGCCCUGUGUGCCUCACGGCGCUUAUGUAUAGUCACUCUGUAUAUAUUGUACAAACAAAUGUAUUUAUUAAAUAACUUUACUUUUUA